GAGCUCCAGCCGGAGACUGACAGCCACGUCCCAUGGCCGGGUCCCCCCGCCGCGCCGCGAGCCGGCGCCUGCAGCUGCCCCUGCUGUGUCUCCUCCUCCAGGGUGUCACCGCCAUCCUCUUUGCGGUCUUUGUCCGCUACAACCGCGAAACCGACGCUGCCCUGUGGCACUCGGGCAAUCACAGUAACGCCGCGGACAAUGAAUUUUACUUUCGUUACCCAAGCUUCCAGGACGUGCACACCAUGGUCUUCGUGGGCUUCGGCUUCCUCAUGGCCUUCCUGCAGCGUUACGGCUUCAGCAGUGUGGGCUUCACCUUCCUCCUGGCUGCCUUUGCCUUGCAGUGGGCCACACUCGUCCAGGGCUUCUUCCAUUCCUUCCAUGGCGGCCACAUCCAUGUUGGCGUGGAGAGCAUGAUCAACGCCGACUUCUGCGCUGGGGCUGUGCUCAUCUCCUUUGGGGCCGUCCUGGGCAAGACCGGGCCGGCACAGCUGCUGCUCAUGGCCCUGCUGGAGGUGGGGCUGUUCGGUAUCAACGAGUUUGUGCUCCUCAAUCUCCUGGGGGUGAGGGACGCAGGGGGCUCCAUGACUAUUCACACUUUUGGUGCCUACUUCGGGCUGGUCCUCUCUCGGGUCCUCUACAGGCCCCAGCUGGAGAAGAGCAAACAUCGCCAGGGCUCUGUCUACCAUUCGGACCUUUUUGCCAUGAUCGGGACCAUCUUCCUCUGGAUCUUCUGGCCAAGCUUCAACUCUGCACCGACCACUCUGGGGGACGGGCAGCACCGGACAGCCCUCAACACUUACUACUCCCUGACAGCGAGCACCCUCAGCACCUUCGCCUUGUCAGCCCUUGUCGGGGGGGAUGGGCGGCUGGACAUGGUCCACAUCCAGAAUGCAGCGCUGGCAGGAGGGGUGGUGGUGGGGACGGCAGGAGAAAUGAUGCUGACACCCUUUGGGGCGCUUGCAGCUGGCUUCCUGGCUGGGGCUGUCUCCACGCUGGGGUACAAGUUCCUCACGCCCAUCCUGGAAUCAAAAUUUAAAGUCCAAGACACAUGUGGUGUUCACAACCUCCACGGGAUGCCAGGGAUCCUGGGUGCCCUCCUGGGGGUCCUUGUGGCCUGGUUGGCCACCUAUGAAACUUACGGAGAUGGCCUGGAGACCGUGUUCCCGCUCAUAGCCGAGGGGGACCGCAGCGCCAAGUCUCAGGCAGUGUACCAGCUCUUUGGGCUGUUCGUCACGCUGACGUUUGCCUCUGUAGGUGGGGGAUUUGGAGGGCUCCUGCUGAAACUGCCCUUCCUGGGCUCACCGCCGGACUCCCAGUGCUAUGAGGACCAGAUUUACUGGGAGGUGCCUGGAGAGCAUGAGGAUGAGGCCCAGGGACCCCUGAGGGCUGAGGAACCAGAUACUCAGGCCUAA